UUGCUGACCCAGGGAGUAGGCAACAGUGUAAUACAUGAGAGAGUGGCCUCGGGUUCUUGCUGUUUCUGCCCAGAAGAGCCAGGAUCUUCCAUUUCUUGUGCUACUUAAUGUAUCCCUACCACAGAUGACCACCCAGAAUGUAUUCCCCGAAGAUGUAUAACACUUGUAUUUACAGUACUUUGGCAUGUCUUCCUGUGAUCCAGACAGAAUUGCUUCAGUCUGAGUUGUUAAGAGUUUUAUACCUUAGUGACAGUGUCCAAGUACAAACGAUUAUGACCUGAAAGAAGGAUUCUCAUAGGACCAUAGGACUAUAAAGGAAUAUAAGAGCAUUCAGUCUGAACACUUGUAUCUAAGACAGGAACCUCCUUCUUUGUUUAAACAUCUAGAGGUAGACACUUAAUGAUCAAAGAGCAGUUGGUUGAUUGGUCAAGUAAUGGUAAAGUACUUAAAGCGUUAAUUGAAUAGAAUUCUAACACAGACAGAGACUUGUGCUAACUAGCCCCCCCAUUAGAUAGUUGCUAUGAAACAAUGACAUUAACAGUAGUAAUCAGUUGCUAAGAAUGUAUGUCAAUACUUCUAUCCCUAAACAUGAAAAAUAGCUCUAUUCUUGAACUUCUUGAAAAUGAUAUCAAACAAAAAAAAUGAUUGGCAAAGACAAUUCCAUUUCGAAAUGUGGUUUUAGUUAUAGUGCAGGGCAAGGUAUGUCUGUUCCUAAACAAAGUGGGCUGUUUUGGGGAAAUGGACCAUACUUUCUGCAACUCCAGAGAGUAGCAAGACUUUUAACAUCAGACAGUAUGACUUACACAGACAUUUGUGGCUUCAUGGGACAUUUGACCAUGGUUAGCCUGAAAAGAAAUGUGGUGCCUUUCCCAUAUUCUCUUAUGUUAUGUAAGGGGGUCUAGGUGAAAAGGAAACUACCCAACUACUUCUGCUCAGAUCUUCCUGGUUAACAUAAUGCCAGCUGAGCGUAAGAAGUCGACAAGCAUGGAAGAAAAAGAAACAUCAUUAAGUAACAAAGAUAAGGAGUUCAGUGACAGGCGGUCAGUGAACAGCCGGGACAAACCCAAAGAGGAUGUCAGGCUUGGCAUGAAGAGAGAUAUGUUAAAACCACCUGAAGAUAAAAAGAAAAAAUUGGAGGAGGAGAAGCGGAAAAAAGAAGACAAGGAGCGGAAGAAAAAAGAUGAUGAGAAAUUAAAAUGUGAAGAAGAGCAGAAGAAAAAAGAGGAGGAAGAAAAGCAAAAACUUGAGGAGGAAGAGAAAAAGAAGCAGGAGGAGGAAGUAAAGCGGCAACAAGAAGAGGCAGCUGCUCAGCUGAAGGAGAAACAGGAAGCACAUCAGCUGCACCAGGAAGCUUGGGAGCGCCACCAAGCAAGAAAGGAACUCCGAAGCAAAAACCAGAAUGCAUCAGAUAGCCGCCCUGAAGAGAACUUCUUUAGCAGGCUGGAUUCGAGCCUCAAAAAGAAUACUGCCUUUGUUAAAAAGUUAAAGACUAUCACGGAACAGCAGAGAGACUCCUUGUCCCAUGAUUUUAAUGGCCUCAAUUUAAGCAAGUACAUUGCAGAGGCCGUUGCUUCUAUAGUGGAAGCAAAAUUGAAAAUAUCAGAUGUAAACUGUGCUGUGCAUUUGUGUUCUCUUUUCCAUCAGCGUUAUGCUGACUUUGCUCCAUCUCUACUUCAAGUCUGGAAGAAGCAUUUUGAGGCAAGGAAAGAGGAGAAAACACCCAACAUUACUAAACUAAGAACGGAUUUGCGGUUCAUUGCAGAACUGACAAUAGUUGGGAUUUUCACUGAUAAGGAAGGCUUGUCUUUAAUCUAUGAACAACUAAAAAACAUUAUUAAUGCUGACCGUGAAUCCCACACCCACGUUUCAGUGGUUAUUAGCUUUUGCCGGCAUUGUGGAGAUGACAUUGCUGGUUUGGUACCAAGGAAGGUUAAAGGUGCAGCAGAUAAAUUUAAUUUGAGUUUUCCUCCCAGUGAAAUAAUUAGCCCAGAGAAACAACAGCCUUUCCAAAAUCUGCUGAAAGAGUACUUUACAUCUUUGACCAAACAUCUGAAAAGAGACCACAGGGAACUACAAAAUAUUGAAAGACAAAACAGGCGUAUUCUGCAUUCUAAAGGGGAGUUGAGUGAAGAUCGGCAUAAGCAGUAUGAAGAAUUUGCCAUGUCCUAUCAGAAGUUGUUGGCAAACUCUCAAUCAUUAGCUGAUCUCCUGGAUGAAAAUAUGCCUGAUCUCCCCCAGGACAAGCCAGUACCAGAAGAACAUGGGCCUGGCAUUGACAUUUUUACUCCUGGAAAACCUGGUGAAUAUGACUUGGAGGGGGGCAUCUGGGAGGAUGAAGAUGCACGGAACUUCUAUGAGAACCUUAUUGAUUUAAAAGCAUUUGUGCCAGCUAUCUUGUUCAAGGAUAAUGAAAAAUGUUCCCAGAACAAGGACUCUGGUAAAGAUGACUCUAGAGAGUUAAAAGAAGCUAAGGAAAACAAAGAUGUGUCUGGUACUGAAGAUCUGGAGUUGGAACUGGAGAAUCUGGAUAUUAAUGAUGAUGCCCUUGAGUUAGAUUGUGGUGAUGAAGCAGAAGAUCUCACAAAAAAGCUUCUUGAUGAACAAGGCAAGAAACAGGGAGCAGAUAGCACCGGAGCUGAAAAUAGUGACGGAAAGCAAGCUGCAAGAAAACAAGAAGAUGAAGAAACCAGUACAGGGUCACACUUAAAGCUUAUAGUAGAUGCUUUCCUUCAGCAGCUCCCAAACUGUGUAAAUAGAGACCUAAUAGACAAGGCUGCAAUGGACUUUUGCAUGAAUAUGAACACAAAAGCCAAUAGAAGGAAGUUGGUUCGGGCUCUCUUCAUAGUUCCUCGGCAAAGGCUGGAUCUGCUACCCUUUUACGCAAGGCUGGUUGGCACGUUACAUCCCUGUAUGUCUGAUGUAGCAGAAGAUCUCUGUUCCAUGCUAAAAGGCGACUUCAGAUUUCAUGUGAGAAAGAAGGACCAGAUUAACAUAGAAACAAAGAACAAAACUGUACGUUUCAUUGGCGAGCUUGCUAAGUUCAAAAUGUUCUCCAAAAGUGACACUCUGCAUUGUUUAAAGAUGCUUUUGUCUGACUUCUCUCAUCACCAUAUUGAAAUGGCAUGUACGCUGUUAGAGACUUGUGGUCGAUUCCUCUUCAGAUCACCAGAAUCCCAUUUAAGAACCAGUGUCCUUUUGGAACAAAUGAUGCGAAAGAAACAAGCAAUGCAUCUUGAUGCACGCUAUGUCACAAUGGUGGAAAACGCCUAUUACUACUGCAACCCUCCUCCGGCUGAAAAAACUGUGAAAAAGAAACGUCCUCCUCUCCAGGAGUAUAUUCGGAAGCUCCUUUAUAAGGACCUGUCCAAAGUCACUACUGAGAAGGUCCUGAGACAGAUGCGCAAAUUGCCCUGGCACGACCCUGAAGUGAAGGACUACGUUAUUUGUUGUAUGAUCAACAUCUGGAAUGUGAAAUAUAAUAGUAUUCACUGUGUAGCCAACCUUUUAGCAGGGCUGGUACUUUACCAAGAGGAUGUUGGAAUUCAUGUUGUGGAUGGUGUUCUAGAGGAUAUUCGACUAGGAAUGGAGGUUAAUCAGCCAAAAUUUAACCAACGGAGGAUUAGCAGUGCUAAGUUCCUGGGUGAGCUCUACAAUUACAGAAUGGUAGAGUCGGCAGUAAUAUUUCGAACUCUGUACUCAUUUACAUCAUUUGGCGUGAACUCUGAUGGCACUGCUAGCCCACUUGAUCCUCCCGAACAUCUUUUCCGAAUAAGACUGGUCUGCACCAUUCUUGAUACUUGUGGGCAAUACUUUGACAGGGGAUCUAGCAAAAGGAAACUUGACUGCUUCCUGGUCUACUUUCAGAGGUAUGUCUGGUGGAAGAAAAGCCUGGACGUUUGGACAAAAGAUCACCCAUUCCCUAUAGACAUUGACUAUAUGAUCAGUGACACAUUAGAACUGCUGAGACCAAAGAUAAAGCUCUGCAAUUCUCUGGAAGAAUCUGUUAGGCAGGUACAAGAGUUGGAAAGGGAAUUCUUAAUCAAACUAGGCCUUGUGAAUGACAAGGAUUCUAAAGAUUCAAUUUCUGAAGGAGAGAACCUGGAGGAGGAUGAGGAGGAAGAGGAAGGUGGAGUGGAGAUAGAAGAACAAUCUGGGAAUGAAAGUGAAAUAAAUGAGCCAGAGGAAGAGGAGGGCUCUGACAAUGAGGAGGAGGAAGGAGAAGAGGAAGAAGAAGAAAAUACAGAUUAUCUCACAGACUCUAAUAAGGAGAAUGAAACUGAUGAAGAGAAUACUGAAGUAAUGAUUAAAGGAGGAGGAUUGAAGCGUGUCCCGUGUGCUGAAGAUGAAGACUUCAUUCAGGCAUUGGACAAAAUGAUGCUGGAAAAUUUACAGCAAAGGAGCGGGGAGUCUGUGAAAGUGCAUCAGUUGGACGUUGCCAUUCCCUUGCAUCUCAAGAGCCAGCUCAAGAAGGGUCCACCGCUGGGUGGUGGAGAAGGAGAGUCUGAGUCCGGAGACACGAUGCCUUUUGUCAUGCUAACUCGAAAAGGCAACAAGCAGCAGUUUAAGAUCCUAAAUGUGCCGAUGUCUUCCCAACUGGCUGCAAAUCACUGGAAUCAGCAACAAGCGGAGCAAGAGGAGAGGAUGAGAAUGAAAAAACUGACGUUGGAUAUCAAUGAACGGCAGGAACAGGAGGACUAUCAGGAGAUGAUGCAGUCCCUGGCUCAGCGGCCAGCUCCAGCAAAUACCAACCGAGAACGGCGGCCUCGUUAUCAGCAUCCAAAGGGAGCACCUAAUGCUGAUCUAAUCUUUAAAACUGGUGGAAGGAGACGUUGAUCCAGCAGCAAGCGUCAUUUCAUUAGGUCCUGUAUCUCCAAUGUUGUGGAUUAGUGGAGUCCUCCAGCAAUUAAACGAGAGCAGCGGACACAUCUGAGCAUGUCAGUCUAGAGAGUUCAGAAUCGGAAACUGGGACAGGCUGGGGCCACAGGGCAGAUACACCAGCCUCCACUAAAAACAGAAAUAGCGGAAGCUUCCAGUCAUGGCCUACCAAACAAACAAAAAGCAUCUUGUUAUGGAACCAUGUGAGGGUUAAUCUUCUCAUGAGAAUGGAAGUAAAUAAAUGAGAUGGUUAACUUUACCAGUGAGCAGUUCAGUUACAACAAAGAGCAACUUAAAUAAGAUGGAUUAUGCUGGAACAGAGACGGUGUUGAUGGCUAAGUAUUGGGGGAAAUCAAACCUAAUAAGUGUGGCAUUUUCUCUGAAUUGAGCGUGGCGUGUCAGGAGAAUAUUCAUUUUGGGGGCUCCAGAUCUGCGUUAGACAAGUGGGAGAGCAAGAGGUAAUUAUCAUAUAGUAAACCCCGACACACAGGAUGAGCAAAACAGCAAGUGGCUUACCAAAACACAAGACAGUCCACAAGAAAAAGGCUUUUGUUCUAAGGAGACAACCUUGCUCUCCGAGGUAGGGGGUGGGGGACAGGAUGAGGAAGGAACCAGAUCCGUGGAGGUGGGGUGAUCUACUGCAGGUCAAAGUAGAUGGGGAGGUAGAAAGCGUUGACCCAAAGUUGCUUAGAACAGCCUGAAACCAGCCUAAGGACAGGGAUCUAGAGGAGCUCGUUAAAGCAUCAUUGAAAACCAAAAUGUGCCAGUCAGCAUGACAGACAGAUGCCGGGAAGUGGAGCUGAAUGUUCUGUUGACUUUCAUGGGUUGAUAAGCCUCUGUGUCUACAUAUUACAAAAGGAAAAAAAGAAAAAAAAAAGAAAAAAAUUAGUUGGCAACGAGUAGAAUUUUUAUUUUUCUAAAUGGAAAUAAGAUUUCUUGGUCAGUUUCUGACAAUCUUGUUUGUUAGUAUAGUUGUGGGGGAUUUUUUGUUUGUUUGCUUUCAAGUAGAUAUAGUACAUUCAGUUAAAAGAGCACAUCUGUAUGCUACUAUUUUUUUUCCUAACUAUUUUAAAAUUCUUUUUACCACUGUUGAGUUCUGCAUGUAGAAUUUUAAACAAGACUUGUAAAACUUGUAACAUUUCACACUUGCAUUACGUACACACACACAGUCAGAAAUGCCGCCCGAUCUUCACCAGCUUCAGAAAUCUGAUCUUUGCCGAUGCUGCAAUAAAGUGUUGUAAUUUAGAA